AAUUAUCAAUGCAAGCAAAAAAAGAAAAGGGAAAAAAAAGAGAACUCUCUCUCUUUCUUUCUCUCUAUUAUCCCAGAAUAAAAUAAGGAAACCUAAACCUAACUGGAGAAAGCCACAAAAUUUUCGUUCUCUCUCUCCUUCUCUUCGUUUCUGACUGGAAUGCUUCAGCUUGUGGGCCAAAGAAGGGAGGGUUCCUUCGUUAAAUGCUCUCUCCCCUUCAACACUUCUCAGUCUCCUCUCUUCUUUUCAUGUCUUCAAUCGACGCCUCUCUCUCCUCUGCUCCUUCAGGGUCUCAACAUAAAACCCUAAUAGAAUCUUUUACCUCUGAUUUGUUUUCCUCUCCUAUACUAAACUUCUUUUCACUGAGAUCGUGCUUUUGUUUCCCGGUUCUGUGUUCGGAUAUUUUGUCUACUGCGCAGCACAAUGAAUGAUUCUAAGAAGUUAGUAGUAUUUGGGUCAUUUACUGAAGAUGAAACCAGGUCCUUGCUGCUAAAGAAGUCGUCUAAGAAUGCUGAAAAGUCGGUGGAGAAGAAAGAAUUGCAGUUUGGUUCAGUGAAUUUUGUGACUCUAAAAGUUUCGGGUGGCCUUCAUGGUGAAUCAAUCAUAGAGUUGGAUUCUCCGAAAGGGUCGAAUAGUGUGCUUUCCUCGAAUACGAUUAAGAAGGAUGAUGAAGUGCAGAGUGUUAAAAUAGUAAAUACACAUUUACCGGGAGUGCUUAGAACUCCAAAAGAAAAUGGAAGCCUCGAUCGUUCCACCCAUGGUUCUCAUAUUAAUGGUGCAGAAGAAGUGAACCAAGAUAAUAUCGGUUCAUCCUCGUUGCUUAUAUCCCAGAAUCAAUAUGGUCCCUCACUUCCCAUUUCGAGUUUGAAAUUGCAGAACACAGAGCAGAAUGGAGGUUCCAUGGAUUCAUCCUUGUUUGCCGCUGAGGAUGACUCCAGGAAGGCAUCUAAUGGGCCUGUUUUGUCUUGCAGAAACCUUUUAUCCAGAGGCUUAAUAAACUCAGGGAAUUUAUGCUUUCUUAAUGCAACCCUGCAGGCGCUCCUAUCCUGUUCUCCUUUUGUUCAGCUUCUGCAGGAAUUGAGAACUCGCAACAUUCCCAAGGUUGGCUAUCCGACAUUAACUGCAUUUGCAGAAUUCAUUGCCGAAUUUGACAUGCCAAAUGGUUCAAGCUUAGAGACAGAUAUAGCUACUCUUGAGAGUGGGAGGCCUUUUUGGCCUGCCAUGUUUGAGGAUAUUCUUAAAAAAUUUACUCCUGAUGUACCAAGUAGCAUCUCAGGCAGACCAAGGCAGGAAGAUGCUCAGGAAUUCCUAAGCUCCAUCAUGGAUCAAAUGCAUGAUGAGUUACUUAAACUUGAAGGGCAGUCUUCAAGCAUAAAUGGAAACAAAUUAUCUCUGGUUUCAUCUGCAGAAAGCGAUGAAUGGGAAACAGUUGGCCGAAAGAACAAAUCAGCAGUGACAAGAACUCAAAGUUUUGUCCCUUCAGAACUAAGUGAUAUAUUUGGAGGGCAGUUGAGAAGUCUGGUGAAGGCAAGAGGAAAUAAAGCUUCUGCCACUGUUCAACCAUUUCUCUUGCUGCACCUCGAUAUUCAUCCUGAAGCUGUUCGUACUAUUGAGGAUGCACUUCGAUUAUUUUCUGCACCCGAAUCUCUUGAGGGGUACCGAACGUCAACAACUGGGAAGGCUGGUGUUGUGACUGCCAGCAAAUCAUUUAAGAUACAAACCCUUUCAAAGAUAAUGAUAUUGCACCUUAAGCGUUUUGGUUAUGGAAAGCAAGGAAGCACCAAGUUGCAUAAGCCCGUGCACUUUCCUCUUGAAUUGGUGUUGAGCCGUGAACUGCUUGUUUCUUCAUCUAAUGAGGGUCGAAAAUAUGAACUUGUUGCUACAAUAACUCAUCAUGGGUGGGAGCCCUCGAAGGGGCACUAUACAGCUGAUACUCGUUAUCCCAAUGGUCAGUGGCUACGGUUUGAUGAUGCAUCAGUCACUGCCAUUGGUGCAAAUAAGGUGUUGCAUGAACAGGCAUAUGUCCUCUUCUACAAACAAGUAGAGUGAGGUAACCGAGGAGUUUAGUCGAUAACUGAUCCCUUUUGAGAGCCCUGUCUCGUUCUACAAUUUGGGGAGAAUAUUUGACACGUUACAACUUAUAAGCAAGUCAGGCCCAAAUGGAGGAAGGGAGGAAGGCUCUCUGUGGUGAAGGUUGGUGGGUGCUUUGGAUGUUUCCUCUCUGAGGAUGGUUGUACUAUUUUUUUUUUUUUGCUUAUAAUCAUGUCGUGCAGUUUUGGAGUCCUUGUAGUGAGCAUGUGUUGAAGUAAUUUCUAUAUGGCUGAAAUUAGUGAAUUAUAAAUUUUAUCAUUA